GGCGCGGCGGGUCCGGCAUGAGCGAGGCGCGGCUGCGGGCCGGGCGCGGCCCCGGCGGGGCCCGCGACCCCCAGGACAAGGAGUCAGAGUCUGAGAACAGGCUGGAUGGAGAGACAGCGUCAGACAGCGAGAGCAAGUCCGAGUUUGGGGGCUCCUCCCCAGUGCCCACCUCAGAUGACACCCCAGAGGUGCUGAACAGGGCCCUCUCCAACCUGUCCUCGAGAUGGAAGAACUGGUGGGUGAGAGGGAUCCUCACGCUGGCAAUGAUCACCUUCUUCUUCAUCAUCAUCUACCUGGGCCCCAUGGUCUUGAUGACAAUAGUGAUGUGUGUGCAGAUCAAAUGCUUCCACGAGAUCAUCACCAUCGGCUACAACGUCUACCACUCCUACGACCUGCCCUGGUUCAGGACACUCAGCUGGUAUUUCCUGCUGUGUGUGAAUUAUUUCUUCUACGGGGAGACGGUGACCGAUUAUUUCUUCACGCUGGUGCAGAGGGAGGAGCCCCUGAGGAUCCUCAGCAAAUACCAUCGCUUCAUCUCCUUCGCCCUCUACCUCACAGGGUUCUGCAUGUUUGUGCUGAGCCUGGUGAAGAAGCACUACCGCCUGCAGUUCUACAUGUUUGGCUGGACCCACGUGACGUUGCUGAUCGUGGUCACCCAGUCCCACCUCAUCAUCCACAACCUCUUUGAAGGAAUGAUCUGGUUCAUCGUGCCCAUCUCCUGUGUGAUCUGCAAUGACAUCAUGGCCUACAUGUUCGGCUUCUUCUUCGGCCGCACGCCGCUCAUCAAGCUCUCCCCAAAGAAGACCUGGGAGGGUUUUAUUGGAGGAUUUUUUUCCACUGUUCUGUUUGGGCUGCUGCUGUCCUACGUGAUGUCGGGGUACCGCUGCUUCACCUGCCCCGUGGAGUUCAACAACGACACCAACAGCUUCACCGUGGACUGCGAGCCCUCCGAGCUCUUCCAGCUGCAGGAGUACAACAUCCCCGUGCUGCUGCACUCCGUGCUGGGCUGGAGGACCGUGAGGAUGUACCCCUUCCAGAUCCACAGCAUCGCCCUGUCCACCUUCGCCUCCCUCAUCGGGCCCUUCGGCGGCUUCUUCGCCAGCGGCUUCAAGAGGGCCUUCAAAAUCAAGGACUUUGCCAACACCAUCCCAGGCCACGGGGGGAUCAUGGACCGCUUCGACUGCCAGUACCUGAUGGCCACCUUUGUCAACGUGUACAUUGCCAGCUUCAUCAGGGGCCCCAACCCGAGCAAGCUGAUCCAGCAGUUCCUGACCCUGAGGCCAGAGCAGCAGCUGCACAUCUUCAACACUCUCAAAGCACACCUGGUGGACAGGGGAGUGCUGGCCAGCCUGGAGGAUGCAUAGGCAGGAGCUUGGAGCAGGACUGAGAGCACACAGGCCUCCUCCAGGGAGUUCCCUGAUUUAAGACAAUAACAAGGCCUCAUUUCACUGUAACUUUUCUUCCUUUCUUGGUAAAUGUUUGCAUUUGUGGUUUAUUUUUUUUUUUUUCUAAAUAAUAUAUUUAUAGAGCUUUGGUUCAAACGAGCAAAUGUUGGGUUUGCAGCUGAGGAGGAGGUGAGGCUGGUGGAGCAGGAGGGGGUGGCUGUCCUGCUGGACUGCCCUGGCCCUCCAGCUCAGGGGCAGCUCUGGGACCCUCCUGCUGUGCUGGGGUGCAGUGGGAAUCGUCCCAGGGCAGAUUGCUGCCUGGGGGAGUCUCCUUGCACAGGGCAGAGGAUGCUGUGCUGAGCCCACUCCCCUGCAGCUGCUCUCACCUGCUGCUCCUGCAGUGCCUCUCCCAUCCCCUCCCUCCUGGCCAAGCAGAUUUUUGUGCCCACUCAAAGCAGGAGCAGGCUGGGCACGAGGGGUGCAGGGAGUGGCAGCUGUGUGGGAAUGUGGGACCUUCAGAUUCCUCCAGAACUGAUGGAAGCAAAUGAGAUUUAAAGAGCACUGAAGUUUCACUGAGCAAUUCCUGCCAGGUGAGAACAGCUUUCCAACACCUUGGUUUGCUUCCCCCAUUAAAUAACCUCGAGGAACCACACUUCUUCAUUUCUCCAAGCUUGGAAACCCCACCCUGGGAUCUUUGAAGGAGCCUGGGGAGCAGUUUCCAGGCAGUUUCCCUGCUGGGUGGGCUCCAGCUGCAGCUGGGGGUUUUAUUUUCUUUCAGGGAUCAUGUCUUGUUUGUUACUUGAGUUGUAGAAGUCGUGCUGCUGAGUUUACCAAGGUCUGUGUUGCAUUUCAGUCUGGGUUCAUUUCUCUGCAGGCUUCUGUCCUGCUUUGCUCACGGAAUCUUGUCAGAAGUAGUUUGUACUUUAGAGCUGCAGGUUUUAUGGAAGUACUUUCCUUUAUUUUGUCAUACCUUUUUUAUUAUUUAAAAAUGAGAGAGCCCGAAAGAUUGUAAAACUUUCCUUUUCUUCUUUUUUUGUGACCAAAUAGUGAAAAUAUUCCCAUUUACACCUUGUGCAAACACGAGGUGACUCUGAUUUUCCUUCUUUCCAUAGUUUGUGCAUGGGAGAGAGAAACUUUACCUUGUUUUAGCCCAGGGAACGAGUGACAGGGAGAGCUCAUACAGAAAUACAUUGGCGUUUUCAAGCAGUUGCUGCCACAAACCUUCAGCCACACGUGAGCCCUGCACCUGCUUGGCAUCAACAGAGAACAAACCACCUGAAAAGGCCCCAAAUUCAGAGCUUUUCACACCCUGAGUGUGUGUCAAUACACAGCAGAGGUGCCAGCCCCUCUCCUGCGUUGCCGUGGGGCUGGGCUGGCUCUGCUCCCUGGGCAGGUGCUGGGUGGAAAGCCCAGGCUGCACACGAGGCUCUGCUCUCACAAAGCAGAGUUCUGCCCUGAGCAGUCCAGCAGUGGCUUUGGUGCUGGUGUGGAUUUCUCUGUGCUUGCUCCCUUGCAGCUGCAGUCAGGUUUGUUCAUUUCUGUCCGUGGAGCAGAUGCUGGUGCGAGCCCUGACCCUGCAGAGGAGGGUGGAGGUGCCUCCAGCUGGCCUUGCCCAGGGCAGGGCUGGGGCCUGAGGGCAGUGCCAGGGGGGCUCCUGCCCCUCGCCCAAACCCCAGCAGGAGUGACAGUGUUGAUAAAUAUCCCAAAGCUGUGCUCUGUCCUUAGUGAGAAGUCCCUCUGGUGGGUUUUUAGUCUCCUGCUCGUCUGCUUUAACCCUUUAGUUCCUCUCCUGCUGUGAGCAGCAGGGCAGAGCUUUGCUGGGGCAGGGCUGUCAGUGCUGGCUGUGGGCACUGGAGGGCAAAGCAGCUCCAGGGAGCAGCUGAGAGAGCAGCUCUGCCUGGGGUGGCUGCCCUGCCAGAAAUGUCCUGGUCAGAAAUGAAUUUCCUGAUCAGAAAUGAAUUCCCUGAUCAGAAAUGUCCUGGUCAGAAAUGCCCUGAUGAGAAAAUUUCCUGAUCAGAAAUUAAUUCUGUGAUGAAAAAUGUUCCUGAUCAGAAAUUAAUUCCCAAUGAGAAAAUGCCCUGAUCAGACAAUUCCCUGAUUAGAAAAUUCUCUGAUCAGACAAUGUCCUGAUUAGAAAAUUCUCUGAUCAGACAAUGUCCUGAUUAGAAAAUUCUCUGAUUAGAAAAUGCCCUGAUCAGACAUUCCCUGACCAGUUUUAUUCCUGCCCCCUCCCUCCAACGGGCUGCUCCUCACGGGCAGAGCUGCCUGGGAAGGGUUUCCUGCAUGGAAAAAAUCCCCUAAAAGCCAUGGAAGAGUGGGAACAGUGGAGGCAGGAGGGGGGGAGGGAGCUGGGCUUUGGGGUGGUUUGCAGGUCGUGCAGCUGAGCUCACAGGGCUGGGAGCCGAGUUGGACCCUGGGUUUGGGAUGGAGGGGGUUAAAUCUUGUCCCCCCUCCUUUGCCGUGGGCAGGGACCAUCCUGCAGGUGUGAUGGGGCCUGGGAUGGGGAGCUUGGGAAGGAUGGAAGCUGCUGGCCUGGCUUUGGCUGUUUCUGAUGCCCAGGGAUGUGCAGCAGCCCCCGUGGCCCUGCAGGGCCCUGGGGAUGCUGAACUUGGGGAAUUUUGGGGACAAAGUGACCCCAGGGACAGGGCAGGUCUGCAGGGCUGGAGCUCAGCCUGGCACAGAAAAGAGUUGAGAGCAGGGAAAGUGCAAAGGUUCAGAGCAGAGCAGGAGAGGGGAGCUGCUGCCAGCUGGGAGGAGGGGACAGGACCCCCUGUCAAGGUCCCAGGCUGCUCUGGAGCCACCAGUGUCCCUGGCCAGCAGCCAGGGAGGUGACAGUGCCCAUGGGGAUGGCACACUGGGCACCCCCAGGUGUGUUUUGGGUUUGACACGGGUUUGACCCACGGCUGGGCCAGACCUGUGGACACCUGGGUGGGAAUUGUGCUUUUCCCUGCCUGGUUGUAGCCCAGGUGGGGCUGGCCCUGCUCAGGGAAGCACCAGAGCUGGGAUCAGCCUGGGUUAAACAGAGUUCCCAGGGUGAAACAGAAUUCCCUGGGCUCAGCAGUGCCCCUGGGCUGAGGGGCAGCUCUCCAGUGGAGCUGGGAUCCUGCAGCAUCCCCCAGAGCUGGGCUGUGCCCUCCCAGUGUCCCCUCCUGGGAGUGUCCCCUGUGUCCCCUGUGAGCAGGGAGCCCCCAGGCCUGGCUGGGGGGUCCUGCCCUGUCCCCCUGCCCUGUCUGGGUGCUGGGUGGCCCCCCCAGCCCCCCUGGGGACAGCUGUGUCCCCAAAGCCCCGUGGCAGCUCUGUGCUCCUGUGCAGCCCCUGCUCUCCAGCCCUGGCUGUUCUUUCUCUGUGCUUUGGUUUUGGUUCCAGUUCUAGCUGCACACGUAGAGUUGCCUUCCUUUGACCGAAUGUUCGAAUGUGAAAUAUUGUAUAUUUUAAAGUAUUUACCCUAUUUAUAUACUGUAUGUUACUGUUAAAUAAAUAUAAAUUCCAUUA